AUGCAUGCGACGCGGUGUUGCAGUGAAAAUUGAAACUGCAAGCGUACUCCACCAUUUUUGUGAAUUAUUCCUCACUCCACCUGACAACAGUUUCUCCUACUAGUAAAAGUAAUCAUGAAAAAUUCCAUUUCAAAUGAAAAAAUGACAAACAUGAGUGCAAAACGAUCGUCGUUACAACAGCUAUGCGUCGUUCUGGUCGCAGUAGCUGCAUUGCUCCAGGAGACUAUUCGAGUGCGAGCUGCACUCAUAGUCUCAUCACAAUCAGAACAAAGCGAUCAAGAAAUGGAGCAGAGCCCCACUUCCUACCAUCCUGCUCUACCUGUACCCUCGAGUGAAACUGUAGUUGCAGACCACGCCUGGAGCGGAAGCCCUGUUAUCGAGACGGGCAGUGAUGAAAAGGAGAAUCCUAGCGAUCCUGAC